AUGGGCAGGAUUAUAUUCUAUGAGGACAGAAACUUCCAGGGCCGGUCUUAUGAGACCAGCAGCGACUGUGUCGACCUCUCAUCCUACCUGAGCCGCUGUAGCUCCAUCAGGGUGGAGAGCGGCUGCUUUAUGGUCUACGAGCGCCCCAACUUUAUGGGCCACCAGUUCUUCUUGAGGCGGGGAGAGUAUCCUGACUACCAGUACCUGAUGAGCAUGGGCAUGAUGGGAGAGUCAGUUCGAUCCUGCCGCAUAAUCCCUGUGCACAGAGGACCCUUCAGAAUGAGGAUCUACGAGAGAGAGAACUUUGGGGGCCAGAUGCACGAGCUGAUGGAGGACUGCGACUCAAUCCAGGACCGUUUCCACAUGUCUAACUGCCAGUCCUGCCAUGUGAUGGACGGCCACUGGCUCCUGUAUGAGCAGCCGCACUACAGGGGCAGGAUGAUGUACCUGAGGCCUGGGGAGUACAGGAGUCUUAGGGACAUGGGCAUGGGGUCCAUGAGGUUCAUGUCCAUGAGACGUAUCAUGGAUACUUAUUAA